AAUUAAUUUUGAAGUAGGUUUCUGUUUAGUUUUAUUUCAAUUUUAUUCAAAAAUAGAGAUUUAUGUCAUGAUUUUGAAACAUUGAAAUUGUAGCAGAAAUCGAAAACAACUGAAACAAAAAUAAGUAAAGAAGCUGGGAAAUAUCGUGAAAAAAAAUCUUUACAUCCAUAAUUUAACUAUUAUCACUUUUUUUUUGUUUUCUGAAUUCAAAAUGUCCAAAUUGUAUAACGCUGUCAUAAAUGUUGCAGACAAAUUUGUUCCAAAUCAUUUGCGUCCACUCUGGAUGCAUCCUGCAGGUCCUAAAACAGUUUUCUUUUGGGCACCAAUGUUUAAAUGGGGUCUAGUAAUUGCAGGAUUUAGUGACUUGGUCAGAAGACCGGUUGAACUGUUAAAUAUGCGACAAACGGCAACUAUAGCUAUGACUGGGUUAGUGUGGUCAAGAUAUUCGCUUGUUAUUAUACCAAAGAAUUGGAAUUUAUUUUCUGUGAACCUAUUUGUUGCUAUAACGCAAGGAGUACAAUUUAUACGAGCAUACAAUUAUCAAUUGACGCAUCGAGAUGAAAACUAAAGUCCUAAAAACUAAUGUUAAUUCAUAAUUUAAAAAUUGGUAAAUAAAUUGGUAAGGAAAGUUUUUUUUUUUUAAUUUACUAAAAUGAAGAA